AUGCCUGCUAAGAUGGCACUGGCCAGUUCACUUUCUAGCAAGCCAGUGCCACCAUGCUCCAGAAAAGUUUCUACGGCAGGGGUGGAAGUGCACCAGAGCAAGCUGGAAUUUUUCUGUAAGCUGGGCUAUGGCAAGAAGGACAUCUGCAAAGUGCUGGAGAACCUGGGCCAAGAGGCCCUGGAGGAUGAUGUGCUGAAAGAGCUGAUUCGGAUGGGGAGCAAACCUCAAGCUCUGGAGACCCAGGCUCAACCUUCCCUGCUGAAACUUGUUGCCCGUGGAUCAUGUAGCACUUCACCAGGGUCAAAGUGGUUUCGAGAAGAUGACAGUGAUUCUUCUGAUCACUUGAGACCCAUUGUGAUCGACGGCAGCAAUGUUGCAAUGAGCCACGGAAACAAAGAGGUGUUCUCCUGCUGGGGGAUCCAGCUGGCGGUGGAUUGGUUUCGAGAGAGGGGGCACACGUACAUCAAGGUUUUUGUCCCACUCUGGAGAAAGGAGCCCCCUCGACAAGACUGUCCCAUUGCAGAUCAGCACAUUCUUGAAGAGCUUGAAAAGCAAUCGAUCCUUGUGUACACCCCAUCCCGGAAGGUGAAAGGCAAGAGGGUGGUUUGCUAUGAUGAUCGCUAUAUCGUGAAAGUUGCUUAUGAGAAAGACGGAGUCAUUGUUUCCAAUGACCAUUACCGGGAUCUCCAGAAUGAAAACCCCGAGUGGAAAUGGUUUAUUGAGCAGCGACUACUCAUGUACUCUUUUGUCAGUAACAGGUUUAUGCCUCCUGAUGAUCCGUUAGGCCGGCAUGGACCAACUCUUAAUAACUUCCUCAGCAAAAACCCAGUGCUUCCUGAACCAAAAUGGCAGCCUUGCCCCUAUGGUAAAAAAUGCACCUACGGCAAUAAAUGCAAGUUUUACCACCCAGAGAGACCACAUCAAGCACAGCUCUCGGUGGCCGAUGAGCUCAGGGCCAAGGUAAGGGCCCCGUUAAUCCUGGGGGGAGCAGCGGAGCAGCGUGACCCCACGCAGCGCAGGCCAGAGCCACUGCCAGGCCAGAUGCUCCUGGAGAAGAUGUCAGCGCUCUCCAUCAGCGAUGACACAUAUGGUUAUGAUCAGCCCAUACCUAUCCCUCAGGACAGAGAGGUGACAGGAAGCCCUCAUCACUGCGGUGACCUCGGGCACAACCCCUACUCGCUCCAUCACCCCCACAGUUGGGACCACAGCUGCCUACCAGGAUGCCCUUUCCAGCACCUGGUGCUGGCAGGAGGUGGAAUGGGCCCAGAGCACAGCUGGCCUCAGGAGCGCUGCAGCACGCACAGGCUGGGUCAGAGGAGCCGCUGCCUCCCUGAUAGUGCUCAGCAAGAACGGGCCCUGGAGACUCAGCACCAUGUUCUGCCACAGUCCACAGCUCUUCGCCCUGACCUGCUUCACUCGUACAGCAAGCACCAGCAGCAGCACCCUUUCCCCAGCCAGCCCCCACAGCAGCCCUUUCUCUUAGACUCCAGCAAUGGACUCGGCUUCUUCCAGGAAGCCCACGCUUAUCCUGAUGCCUCUUACAGUGACUACUGGCCCACCCCAGCUGCAAGGCCACCCUCUGCCCAGCAAAUGAACAUACACAGGCACCUGUGCUCCCUUUUCUCUUGUAGCGAGGUGAACUAUGUCACGGCUUUGUACCCUGACAUCAAGGAUAUCGCUAGCUUGACUUUACUGAUUCAAAGACAUAGAAACUUGUGA